GCCAAAAAUGGCGUCGCCACAGUAAGCCGUUCCGGCCUCCAGGCCGUUUUGCACAUGCGCCGGCCAACUUUAAGAGAAGAGGCGGUCUGCGGUACGGGUGCAGGAGCUUUCGCAAGACCUCUCGCGAGGUUUUUUGGAGAGGGACGGCCUUUGGGUUCCGUGGCGGGUCAGUUGGCGGCGAGGCGAGGAAACCUGGAUGCUGCCCGCCGACGGCGCUCGCAGGCUGGUUUCCCUGCUCACCCAGGCCUUGGAUGGCUGCACUGAGCAAAAGAAGAAGCUGCAGCAGAAGAUCAAGCAGUGCCAGGAUCUUCUUCAAGACUGGAACUCAGAAGUUUCUGAAAAUGCGGCACUUGAAGGGUGUAAAGAUAACCAUGAGGCAUGUGCUGAAAAUGAGCCUUCUGCCAAGGAGCUUGAGGAACUGGAACUCCUUAACAAAGCCCUGGAAAAAGCAUUAAGAGUCCGGACCAAGUUCCAGCCGGCUCCAGGCGAAGGUGCCAAACCUGCAGGUGAGAAGGCUGCGAGUGGCACCCCUAUGAGCCUCCAAGUUGGCAAUGCUUCCAAGGAGAGCACCAGCAGGAUUGGCAGGGCCGUGCCUGUGAUAUGCAAGCCAGCCUCUCCCAAAUGGUCAAUGACAUACAUGCCGAAAGCUCCCUACAGAACUGACCCAGUCGUGAAAAGGCGGCCUCUGGGGAAAACGUCUGCCAGGCCAAGCACCAGAGCAUCAAAGAUGCUGGGGAGGAAGCGGCCUGCAACUGGGACAGCUUCCCUUGUGGCUACAGUGCCUGUGACCGUAACCCAGCCGGGCCGUGAACAGUCCUGUGUUGCCAAGGAGCCCGGAAAGCAAGCACCUUGUGCAUUUGAGGCCUCUGUGGGUCAGAGAGAUGCUGCUGCCGGUGCCAACCCCCUGUCGCCCGAAACAGAGUCUGAUCUUUCAGCUGCACAGGCCCAGGUGAUUUCAACCCUUCGGGAGAAAGGGUCUUUGCUGGAGUUGCCACAUCCCUACAAGAAAGCCUUUUCCAAGUAUAUGAGGCUCUUGGGGAAGUGCCACAAUUGCCAAACCAGUCCAGAGGCAGUGGCUGCAAGGAAUCACUUUAUGGAAAAGAUGCAGACGACAUUUUGCUCCCCUUCGCCAGCGUUUAGCCCAGUAGAAGUGAGAAGGGAGUUGCUGCAUUUGAAGGGCCUCUGCUCCCUUAUGAGACACUGCAUGGAAGCAGAGACUUCAGCGUCUCUUGGAGAAAACCCAACAUGGGAGAGAGAGCAUGAAAGCCUCCUCACUCUGGAGGGUCUGCAAGUCAUCGUUCAAGAGCAACUGGACAAAGUUCAGCAGUUGAGAGAAGCGGUCUUCUCCUUUCCCAUGACAGCUAUGGAGUCCCAUGCAGAGCUGCUUCUGGCUGAGUCGGUCAGUGGCAAGGGGUGUUCCUCUCAGGGAAAUGCUUGCCUUGGAACAGAAAGGUGUUGGGAUGCAGAAACGGUUGGGCCACCACCUCUGCUUUUUUACUCCAGCUCGAAGGAGUUGAUGGACAUGGAGGCUUUAAAGCUGAAAGUGGCAAAGCUCCAAGAGCAACUGGAAAUACAGAAGGCCAUGGAAGCUGAACUCCUCCCGCUUCUAGAGCCAGGAUGCCUUCAAGAGGGUUCUCAAGCUUUAUUGUUCCGUGCCAUUUACACCUUGCUUUGCGAAGGGAGUGAGAGCUUCCCUGUCCUUGUCAAUGAUAGUGUGGAGUAAUCCAAUUGCUUGAGGCCAAGAAGAGACUUGGGAUGUGUGCACAGUAAACAAUUGUGCUCUGUUUGUGUUCGGUCCUGAAAUGAAUGAUGUUUCUUAGAUGGUUUUCAAUGUAAUCGUGCAUUCAGAUGUUAUGCCUUUGCCCUACAGCAGACAUGGGCAAAUUCGGCCCUGCCUCCAGAUGUUUUAGACUUCAGCUCCCACAAUUCCUGACAGCCUCAGGCCCCUUCCUUUUCUUCUCCUUUUUUGCUUAAGUGACUGGUGGGGAAAAGGAAAGGGCCUGAGGCUGUUAGGAAUUGUGGGUAUUGAAGCCCAAAACACCUGGAGGGAGGGCCGCAGGUUGAAGAGGCCUGCUGUACACAAAUGCUUUCCAGCCACAAGGUCCAGGAAGUCCUUCAGAGCUUCACUGAAAGCCAUGUGGGAAUGGCUGGCAUUCACAAACAAACAGUCAAAAUCUGUUCUGUACACAGCCUAAGACGACCUCAGAUUGGACCAGGCACAAAAGGAGAUUGAUUCCAUGAGCAGUUUUUGAGUCUACUGUUUGUCCUUCAGAGAUGCGUUUGGCCAUCUUGGGCAUUUCUCUGCACUUUCUUGAUACGCUUUUAAGUUCUACUCGCAACAAAGAAUUAAGCCCUUUCCAAAGAGAGACCACCGUAUAUUUCAAAUGUUCUGGAAAGGGCGCUUCCACGACCUGCGUCAAUACUUAUAGUAGGUUUAAAGAUGAAUCUUACACUCUGCCGCCUACGCAGUAGCAAGAAUGAGCUAAUUCUAAAAUUCAGGAUGCGGAUUCUUGCGCAUGGCUGGUUUGGUGGAAACAAACCGCAUGCUCCUUGGGUGCCAGCGCUGUCAGUGUUCCCCUUUUUAGGACAGCUAAUCCCAGAAUCCUCUGAUCAACAAAGUUGGGGGAAUUCCUGGAAAUGGUUGUCCACCAAAGAAACCUCCCCAAGCUCUUUGGAUGCUAGCAAGAAUGCAAUCCUAUUAAUGCUGGAGUGAAGACUAUGAGAGUCUUCCUCUUAUAGACUGGUGUUUGCUUCAGUCUGGAUUCUUGCCUAUGGAGAGCCUUUGUUCCCAAAUCCAAGAAUUUUCUUCCCUGUUGGCCUGCGUCCUGGACACAUAUUGAGUUAUUCGGAAAAAAUACAAAAGAGAGGGACCAAUGGAAACAUUGAAAGAAAGGUCAGGUUUGAGUCAUGAUACGUAACUGGUUUCUGCCCGCUUUUAGAGAUGUUCCAUCCCCAAAGUCAUGCUGAAUAGUCCCCUCCAGCGUGGCGCCCAUUAGAGACUAAUUAGAGUGCAGAUAAUAACCGCAAGCACCAGCAGCAAUUGUGUGGCUCAGCACCGGCAGAGGAGUGGGAUUUGAAUCACUUUGCCAGUCCUUUGUAUGCAAUCCCCCAGGAACUGGCAGCCUUCGUCUAGACCAGGCAUGGGCUAACUUUGGCCCUCCCACCAUGUGUUUUGGGCUUCCAACUCCCACAGUCCAAAUCACAUAGAGGGAGGGCCAAAGUUGGCCCAUGCCUGGUGUCUUUCUGGCUCAUAAGAAGAACAUCAAAAGGAUUGUUGUCACCUUUUCCUUCUGAAAAGCUAUUUGCUCAUGAUUCUGGUUCUGUUCAUGUUUGAAAACUUGGGAGUUCUGUAAUGCUCAGCAAACAGAUGCGCAGUGGCUUAUUUGUAUAAAUAAAAUGUAAGGGGAAAAAAUA